GAGGAAAAAGUUGUAAUUGGAGCCAUGUGGGACCACCACUGCCAAUGAAAUCAAUGAGAGCCUCUUCUUCUUCUUCUUCUUCUCUUUCUCUUCUAAGUGUUCAAGUAACAAACCUUCCACUUCCUCCUAAGCCAUACAAACAAAUCCACUCUCUUCAACCAUGGCUGCUGUCAACCCUUAUGUUGAUAACAUGAGUGAUGAUAUUGAUGGACCACUCAUGCAUUUCUCUGCUACUCGGCCAGUGGCAGUGGCUUCAUCUGGACAGAAUGCAGUGACUCCUAGUCCAACUCAAUUUUCCAUCCUCUAUAAGGGGAAUAUGUGUAUCUAUGAUGGAAUUCCUGCAGGAAAGGUGCGUGAAAUAAUGUUGAUUGCUUCUAGCUCUGCUAAGUCUGCUGAAAUGAAGAGUGGGAUCUCCUUCCCUUCACUCAUUCUCACAACCACAAACCCUUCUUCGCCACAGGGAAACUCUACUAAUUUAUCUUCAUCCCAGUUUCCUGCAAAGAAAAGUUCCAUUUGCAGGCUGCAAGAAUUUCCAUUAGCACGCCGACAAUCACUUCAAAGGUUUCUUGAGAAGCGAAGAAAGAGGUUAGGUACCAAAACCCCUUAUGCCUCCCCAGCAACAAAAGCUGUUGACAACAUAGACCAUAAUUUAUGUGGUCACAAGACGCCAGAUUUUGGUUCCUUGAACUAUGAGAGGAGGGAUUUCAACCCUGUGUUGCUUCCUCUUUGAGGCAACUAGUGUUGGUUCUACUCCAUGUCAAGUGCUAAUGUGUGUUAUAUAGCAUGUGCAUGCAUGUAGAAGCAAAGAAUUUAAUAUAUAACUAUGUUAUGUUCUCGAGACCAUAUUUUAUGCCCACUUAGUGAACAUCAAAUGUAUCAAGUGAAGUAUGACUUCAAAUUUGGCUUAGUUUGUUUGACAAUGCGUAGAAACUAGAAAAUACUCAUUAUGCUUAGAAAAUCUGCAUUUUAAACUAUUAUUCGUGGACCUUAAUGUUUGUGGGCAAUUAAUUAUUGGUUGUGUUGUUACUUCGA